AUGGCUAAGUCAUUUCUCAUAGCAUUGCUCGUAUCUGCACUUGCGGCUCACCCGAUUUUCGGAAAAUUGUAUGAGUUCGAAGACGCCUCAUCGCCCGUCCCGUCUCAUGAAUUCAUCAUCGAAGUGCCUGAUGUCGAGCCUGAGCUAGUAAAUCCUCCUGCCCAGGCAUACGAUAGCGAAUUGUUUAGCCAUUAUUCGCCCGAGAGAUUGAAGUAUCUCCACGAUUGCUCGGAGAAAUCGAGCUCAAAAUGCGGAGACGAGGUGCUGAGAAACGCGAUCCGUGAUUCGCCGGUAUCGAGAGAUUGUUGCGUAGAUCUUCUGAAGCUCGGGAAAGAAUGCCAUCUAAGUUUGAUUCAGCUUGUUUUCUCUACGUAUGAGUACAAGGACAUGGCUUCUAAGGGUGUUCCAAAGAGCAAGCAGACAUGGAACAUGUGCGUUAACAUGGUGGGGAGUGAGAUUGGUGCUCCUGUGUCUUUGGAAAACUGA